AUGGGGGUGCCGGCGUUCUAUCGGUGGCUUUCGGAGAAGUACCCGAAGAUCAUCAAGAAUGUGAUCGAGGAGCAGGGCGUGCCCCUCCCGGACGGCGGGGAGGCGCCGGUCGACUGGAGCGGGCCCAACCCCAACGGAGAGGAGUUCGACAACUUGUACCUCGACAUGAACGGAAUCAUCCACCCCUGCUUCCACCCCGAGGACCGCCCCGCGCCCACCACCGAGGCCGAGGUCUUCCAGAACAUCUUCGAGUACAUCGACCGCCUCGUCGCGAUGGUCCGGCCGCGGCAGGUGCUGUACAUGGCCAUCGCCGGCGUGGCCCCGCGUGCCAAGAUGAACCAGCAGCGGUCGCGGCGGUUCCGCGCCGCGCAGGACAACGAGGAGCGCGCGAAGCAGGAGGCCCGCAUCCGCGCGGAGCUCGAGGCCGAGGGCGUGAGGCUGCCGCCCGCGCAGGACGGCGGCGGGGAGGUGUUUGACUCCAACACCAUCACGCCCGGCACGCCCUUCAUGGGGCGGCUCUCCGCGGCGCUGCAGUACUACGUGCACGUGCGGCUCAACCACCAGCCCGCGUGGCGCGACCUCAUGGUCGUGCUCUCGGACUCGAACGUGCCCGGCGAGGGCGAGCACAAGGCGGUCGGGUUCAUCCGCGAGCAGCGCGGGCGGCCGGGGUGGAACCCGUGCACGCGGCACGUGGUGUACGGGCUGGACGCGGACCUGAUCAUGCUCGCGCUGGCCACGCACGAGCCGCACUUCUUCAUCCUGCGCGAGCUGGUGACGCUGCCCAUGAAGAAGGACGCGCGCCAGGAGGUGCUCGACCGCGCCAAGGCCGCCGUGGGCGAGGCGGAGCGCGCGGAGGAGCCCGUGUCGAAGAAGCCGUACCAGAUGGUGAAGAUCGCGGUGCUGCGGGAGUACCUGGCGCUGGACCUGGCGCCGCUGGACCGCGCCGCGGACGUCCCGGGGGGGUUCGACCCGGAGCGCUGCCUGGACGACUUCGUGUUCAUGUGCUUCUUCGCGGGGAACGACUUCCUGCCGCACAUGCCCACGCUGGAGAUCCGCGAGGGCGCGAUCGAGCUGCUGAUGCAUGUGUACCGGCGCGAGGUGGCGCGGACGGGCCACCUCACGGACGGGUCGCACGUGCACCUGGACCGCGUGCAGCACUUCAUCCGGUGCGUGGGGGCGUACGAGGACCUCAUCUUCUCCAAGCGCGCGCGCAUGCUCAUGCGCGACAAGCGGCGGCGCGCCGAGCAGCGCGCGGCGGGGCGCAUGGACCGCGUGCGUGGCGCCGGGGAGAUGCCCAAGUGGAUGAACGGCGCCGUGAACCAGCCGCCCGGCGCGGGGCCGCGCGGGGCGCCGCGCGGGCCCAGCAUGAUGGUGGCUGCGGAGAUGGCGCGCAUGGACGGCGCGGGGCGGGCGCCGGGCGACGAGAAGCGCCCGUGGGGCGAGGGCGCGGCGGGCCCGCAGAGCAACCAGGGCGCGGCGGCCGCGCUGCGGGACAAGAUCAUGGCCGGCAUGAAGCGCAAGCAGCCCGAGGCGGACGCGGCGGUGAAGGCGGAGGGCGACGCGGCCCCGGACCGCAAGGCGGCGAAGCUCGAGUCGUCGGACGCGCCGGGUGCGGGGCAUCGCGGCGAGGACGAGAAGCCGAGCGACCCGGCUGCGUUCUGGUCGGAGAUGGGGGGGGUCGAGGGGGCGGGCGUGAAGGAGGAGCCGGAGGACGCGGGGGCGGAGGAAGCGGACGUCGUGGAGGAGGAGGAGGAGGAGGAGGAAGAGACGGACGCGGUGGAGGAGGAGGAGGUGCCGGCGGAGCUGCUGCGGGCGAACAACGACAAGCUGAAGGAGAAGCUGUCGUCGUUCAUGAAGGACAGCAGCGACAAGUUCGACGAGAUGUUGGAGUCCGAGGGGCGCGUGCGGCUGGGCGAGCCCGGGUGGAAGGAGCGGUACUACGCGGAGAAGUUCGGCGUGGAGGGCCCGGCGCUGCGGGACAAGGCGCGGGAGGUGGCGCGGGCGUUCGUGGAGGGGCUGGUGUGGGUGAUGCGGUACUACUACGACGGCGUCGCGUCGUGGACGUGGUACUACCCGUACCACUACGCGCCCUUCGCCAGCGACCUGGGCGAGCGCAUCAGCGAGCUCGACAUCCAGUUCCAGCCCGGGAAGCCCUUCAAGCCGUUCAACCAGCUCAUGGGCGUGCUGCCCGCGGCGUCGCAGCACUGCCUCCCGGAGCCGUUCCGGUGGCUGUUCGACAGCAAGGAGUCCCCCAUCCUGGACUUUUACCCGACCAAGUUCACCGUCGACAUGAACGGCAAGCGGUUCGCGUGGCAGGGCGUCGCGCUGCUGCCCUUCAUCGACGAGAAGCGCCUCCUCGCGGCCACCGAGCCGCUCGAGGGCCGCCUCAGCGACGAGGAGCGCUGGCGCAACGGGCAGCGCCUGGCGCUCCUCUUCGUGCACCGCGCGUUCCCGCUCGCCAAGACCGCGCUGGGGCUCGAGGAGCGCGUGAAGACGCUGCCGGAGGACGAGCGGCGCAGCGCGAAGGCCGCGAUCGACCCCCGCACCGCGAACAAGACCAACGGCACGAUCUACGCGUGCCAGGGGGAGGCCAUGCCCGCGCGCAUCAAGGCGCCGUUCGGCCUCGGCGACGACGUCGAGAACAACCAGGUCGUCUGCAUGGUCUACGACGACCCCCCGCACCAGCGCCACGAGCCGCGCGUGCACCCGGACACCAUCAUGCCCCCCACGGAGCUGACCGAGCUCGACAUGCCCGAGGCCGUGGUGCUGUGGGAUCCGCGGAGACGGUGA